CUGAGUUGCGGACGAAGUGAGAGGUUCGCAUCAUGGGGACGUUAGUGUGGACAGUGUUACUGUUGGUCGGUGGAGGGAGUGCGUCAGUUAUGUUCCCUGUGCGCCGACCGCCGCCGCCGCCGCCGGUACCGGUACCGGUGCCACAGUCGGUCGCGUCCCAGGGAGUGGAGCUGACGGCGCGACUGAACCGCCUGGAGCAGGCCGUGGCGAUGCACCACGCGGCCGCCGACCGCCAUCUGGAGGCCAUCACCGCUCACCUGGCGACGCUGGCCGGGCCGCAGCGGCGCGCCGAGCAGCUCCAGCGCCAGCGCCGCCAGCAGCUGCUCGAGGAGCGCCAGCGCGCCGAGCGGCGCCGAGCUGACGCAGCGCUCGGCCGGCUGGUGGCGGCCGUCAGCGCGCAGACCCGCGCGGUGGCGGCGCUGGGAGCUGCGCUGCCGGGCCGGGCGCUGGCGGCGGCGCUGGCCGAGAGCGGCGCUGAGCUGCGGCGGGCGCGACAGCAGGCCGCCGAGCGGCACCGUCAGUUGACCGGUCAGAUAGCAGAGCUGAGCCGCCGGACAGAGCAGACCGCCGCCGGUGUCAGCGCGCAGAGCGCCGCCCUGGAGGGAGGACUCACACGGCUGGAGGCACGGCUGGCCGAGACUGCCGAGUCCUCAGCCGACACUACCGCCAUUCUGGAACAUCUCACCGCUGUGCAGAGAGCAAUCGAAGGCUUCCUCCCGGCACUGGACGAGCGAGUGGCGAGUGCGAACGAUCAGAGUGCGCGGCGCAGCGAGCGGUUAGCAGCGGCGGUGGCUGAGAGUCGAGCGGCGCUGGAGGGGCGGCUGGAGGCGGCCGUGGAGGGUAUUGGUCGACUCCGAGACGGUCAAACGCUGCAGGCGGAGAGUCUGGAAGAGGCUCUGACGGUGCUCGGCACACUGACGGAGGGACAGACAGCCAGCAACAGCUCAGUGCCGACGACAGAGCCGCAUAGAAAACUAACAACGUCACAGCCGCCUACGGAAGUGACAACCGCACAGCCGCCUACAGAGCUACGUACGACACUUACCCCACCAACGACACAGCCGCCAACAGAACCGCCAACGACGCAGCCGCCAACCGAACUACCAACGACACAGCCGCCAACAGAAGUACCAACGACACAGCCGCCUACAGAACUACCAACGACACAGCCGCCAACAGAACUACCAACGACACAGUCGCCUACAGAGCGAACGACGCCACAGCCGCCUACAGAACCAACGACGUCACAGCCGCCUACAGAACCAACGACGUCACAGCCGCCUACAGAACCACCAACGACACAGCCGCCUACAGAACCACCAACGACACAGCCGCUAACAGAGCUGCCAACGACACAGCCGCCCACACCAACGACACAGCAGCAUACAGUACCAACGACACAGCCCCUUACAGAACUACCAACGACACAGCCGCUUACAGAGCGAACGACACUGCCGCCUACACAACUACCGACCACAAAACCGCCUACAGAACUACCAACGACACGGCCCCCUACAGAACCACCAGCAAGUUCACCAACACCGUCGCGACAAACUGAAGUCAGCACUGUCAGGACCACGGCCAAGCCAUUCAGCCUCCUGGACGCGUUUCUGCAAACGCUGCGCGAAAAGCAGGAGCGUCAAAGGAACAAGUUGUAGCGCUGUCACGCACAAGGGGAGGGGCACUCAAUAACGUCCUGUGAUAUCGUUGAUAUUGUUAUCUUGCCGCUGUCGCACAGGCUGUCGGUGUAAAAAGUUAUCGGCUGUACCAUGUGUGUAGUUGUUUGUGAAUAUUGUGUUAUUGUAUCAAUAAAAUAUUGUGGAA